AAUACAUGCUUCUCUCUCACCACCACCACAAUCACUAGUUCAGGAAGCGGAGGGGAUCAUUGCUAUACUGAAGAACGAAAAGGAGAAGGGGUGGAGGAGGAAUAGGAGAAGGAAGAGGCCUGAAGUUGUCGAGGCUGAGGAAGAGGACCCUGGCGUGAGGCGCAUCAUAUCUACUUAAGGUGGCGGAGUGGCCUCGUAAUACUAGAGGACUGCGGUUGGAGGCUGCGAGUCUUGGAGCAUUUUGUGUCCUUUCGUGUCCGGUUACAAGCGCGCGUGGGUUUGAUGGUCAAGUCCCUGUAAGCCACUCCACUGCGCCUCUUAUCAGUGUUGAACUUUUUAGAGCUGACAAUGUUUGGAGACCAGCUGCCUCCCGGGGUGCAAUUAAAGGUGGCUGCCAUCGAAACUCAAGUCAGCAAGACGACAACAGCUAACUCGACCACAUCGGGUUCCCAGCAGGCAAAGAUCCACCUAGCUCAGAGUCGGCGGGGACAAGAUGAGGGACAGAGACAACAGGCGGCGGUGGCAGCAGCAGCAGCGGUGGUGGGCGGGAGUCAGGGUCGGACCCCUCUACACCACGCAAACCAAACCCACACCAAGCAGUCUGAUCACUUAAACUCGGAGGACGGGAGCGGGGAUAAACGGGACAAGAGUGAAGACGACGAACUAGAAGAGGAAGAGAAUGGGUGGUGGGCGGAGCGGGUGGUGGGAGCGCUGGGUGGGCUGGGUGACUACGGAGACACAUGGUACCGCAGCCACGCCCACCUGCUGCAUGGUGACGGACCACUCCCUCACACUUGGAGAUUGUACAUUGCCGCCCUGGCGGUGUGUCGGCACGAGGUUGGAUGGUUGAUGCACGCACUGCUCACAGACUUCCGUAAUGCAGGGGGAGACAUACGCUGGAUGGCAGGGGUGCACCUUGCUCCUCCAAAAAUUUAUGCUCUUGUCCCCAUCAAUAACCUUUUAGCACACAGGCCUUGGUUGCUUCUUCCACAGCACAUACAGCAAUUAACAAAAGGUGAAGAAAGUUGGUCACUUGGAGAGCUAUGUCAGGCUCUGUGCAUCUUGACACACUUCCAUGCCCUCUCUUCCUUUUUGCAUGGCAGUGGUCUUUCUACUCUACCCGUGCGGCCAAAAAAAGAGGAAGGUGAGGCAAUGAAUGGACAAAGAGGAGCCAACAGUAAAUCAGGUGCAGGAUGCCUCCAGAACCAAAAGGGGUGUGGUGAAAGUAAUGCCAAUUCAAACUGUUCCCAUAAAUCUAGAACUGAUAUGAAGAAUGGUUCACCAGCUGAGGGAGGCAGACAGAGAGUCCGCACUUAUGCCCAUCUAACGCUUAACCCAACAUUAACUUAUGAGGAUUUCAAUGGCAAUGAUGAAUCAUGCAUCCCGUCUUUUUCAGUUCAUGAGUACAACUGGCAAGACCAUGGAUAUGCAAUGUGUUCAAGGCUGCUAGGAGAGGUUGGCGCUUUCUUGGAUGAGCGUUUCACAUCAGCUCUCUCUGCCACCCAUACUGUCCCCCAAAAGCAUCUUCCAGAGAAGACAUCAGUCAGUCAGCAGCCUAGUCAUAUAUCAGAGUCACCUCAUUGUGAUAAAGCUCCUGCCAAGACCAUGCCAAUCCCAACAAAAGCUUUGUGGAAUUAUGUUCAGUGGCUGUUGGGAAUCCAGCAUGAUGAUUGUGACUAUGCCCUCCUCAAUAAGCAUUUGGAUCCACAAGUCAAAGCAUUUGUAAAAUCAGCUUGUUGUUAUCCAGAAACUUUGGAUGAUACUGCUGGGUCCAGACCAGCUGCCAAUAGUAGCAUGGUGGCUAGACUAGUUGAAACAAGUGUGGUCGUCAUGGAGGCUCGUCUUCAGUCAGAAUUAUUAUAUGCGCUCAGAGCCAUUAUGCUUCAUCAGUGUUAGGUUGCCCUCACAUCUAAGGAAGUAAGACAACGCAUGUGUGAUAUUUAUUGAAAUUCUUUAUAGAAUUAUUUAUGCUUCAUAUUGCAUCUAGCUUUCAUUAUCAUAUACAGUAAGACCACCCGGAAGUUGGACUUCCAUGAGCUGAAAAUCUCAAAAGUCCAACAUUGUCUGUCUCAUGGUUAGAGCAUGACUGCCUGUGGUUAGAACCACUUGAUGCAGUCCACUGUUACUAAGUAGAAUAUUACUGUAUAAGUACAACCAACAGAUUAGAAGUGAAGUUAGUGUACUAUCUUGUGGACCUAAGUAACAGCAAAUAUAUAUUGACUAAUACAUGUACUACAUAGUAAGUGAGGCAAUGAGACCAGUACCUUUUUGUGCUCUAGAGCUUAACCUUCUGCAUGAUACAUCAGCAGCCUUUCUUAAUGACCAGAUUGUUAAGAGAUACACACACACACACACACACACACACACACACACACACACACACACACACUCAUUGAUGUAUACAUUUAGGCUUGUUAUGCACUGAUAAGAAACUGAAGUGCAACAUGUCUCUGAUCCAAAGGUUUUCCCCAAGGAGAGAAGCUGCAGUUACAAAUAUAAUGUCUUCUUGAGAUUGGUCAGGCUGUUGUGAAGCUCAUAAGUCUGAGUUAGGGAGGUUGAACUGUAUCUGUCUUGACAACUCUUGUCAUGCAUAGCACAUCAGUGCUAUAAGUGCUUUUUGAAUCUCUAUGUUGAGCAUUAUUGUAAUGAGAAGAAACUUCAAUAACAGUAUACAAACAAUAUAUAUAUAUAUAUAUAUAUAUAUAUAUAUAUAUAUAUAUAUAUAUAUAUAUAUAUAUAUAUAUAUAUAUAUAUCAGCUUUUAAAUGUAUUAGCAAUGAAGUAUAAUUUCCAAGUGUUCAUAGCUGUAGGACAUUAUGGUAAGAGGAUCCUGUUAUUCAAGCUCUUUGUAGGGGUCAACACAAAACCUUUAAAGGUAUAAAUACACACUGCCUGUAUAUUAGAAAGGCCAAUUGCUGUGACUAGACUCUCAAGAAGCCAACCCUCCUAGCUGGGAUGUGUGUGUCACCCAGUUACACAGUGGAGAAUGUAGAGAAUGUCUGUUAGCUUCUUUGUGACUAACUGUUGAAUUAAGGUCUCUAUGUAAGAGUCUGUACAAAUAUAAUAUUACCAACUUCACAGUAAAAACUUAGGGUAAUUUUUCUUUUCAUUAUUAUCUCAUCAAAGUUUUUCAUCUACAAGGCAUUAAAUUGUAAACUCUGUCUGAUCUCAUUCUAAUGAUUAUAUUAAGCCUUUUAAUAUUAUAUGUGUAGAUUAGUUUUUUUGUGAUUUCAAUGCUUGGUCUAUACCAACUAGUCAUGCGCUUAUUAUGGUUAAUCUUUGUUUCAGGAGGUUUUAAGAAAGUUUUACUUUUUUGUAAGAAUUGUUUUCUUUACUAGACUUCAGAUGUUUAUAUCUGCAAUUUAUUUUUAUUGAAUUCAAAGCAACAACAACUGCAUAAAAGGAGAGCUAACCUUGAGACUUAAAAGAUGUAAUUUUCAGUAGUGGCUCACAAGCCAAAGUGUGUAAGUUACUGCAGAGGAAUAUUUAUGUCCCCGUAUGGUCAGUAUUAUGGUGGCAUCUUACAAUGAGUGUCUUUCAGUGUAAAGAAGUAAAUUCUGUGAUCAAUGUUAAAGUACAUUCUAAUUGCACAUACACUACAAAGCUAUAUUAUUCAUGCACACACUAAAAACAAACCACAUACAUGAACAUACAUUCACAUACACUGUUACAUGUGCACAAGCAUCUAUACACUAGCAUGCAUACAAUAAUGUAAAACUUAAGUUCAUACACACAAAUAAUGCACACAAAGUGUAUUCUUGGUAUGAUAGACUAUACAACAGCCUGUACCUCCUACAGUAACUAAGGGUACUCUGAAUUAAUUAUCAUUAUCAAGUAUGAAAAAAAAAAAUUCUUAUCUCAAAAACACUAUAUGAGGAUAAGAUUUCUUUCUUAGCAAAUGUAUUUGCAAUCAAACAAGAAGUGGUGGUCAUGACAAGGUUUUAAUUUAGUUAUGUAUUCUGGUCCAAUUAAUGAUUUGGCAAUCUUUUUUCCUUUAAAGCUUUAUGUUUCAUGAGGCCCCACCUGCAUUGUGAUAUAUACAUAUAGUAAUGUUGGUAUAUGAUAACAAGAUGAAUUUAAUCCUCUGAGGAAAAACCCAUCUGUGUAUCAAAUAAAUCUUAAUACAUAUUG